AAUUGACUCACCUAUACCAUCUCUAAACUCUAACACAAGACACACUGACAUCUUUUAUGCCUUACCCUCUCUCUCGAUCUUAUUCACAAACAAAACCCAAACCAAAUCUCACUCAUCUCUCAAAUUAUACACACACUUCCACAGGCCAAACACCCUCUCGGUCACCCCUCCCACUCGACUGAAGGCCGGCGGCCAAAGGCCGGUGGAGCCGUUUGCAACAACAGUGGUGAUUGACGGUGUAUGGACGGUGGAGCGGAGGUGCGAUUACGGCGGUGGCGUGCUAUUUUUGCGACAGAAGACGGCGGCGGUGGUGGUGGAUUGUUGGUGGUUCGAGUGUUGUUGUGGGCCGAAAGGAAAUCGAAGAUGUUGAUGAUCUGAUUUUGUGGUGGUUUGGUUUUACGGUGACAGAUGUGGUGAUUCGUGACUUUCCGACGAGGUGAACGACAGCAAUUCAAGUAUUCAAACGAGGGUUCUUGGUUACGAUAGUUUUUGGAAUUGGGGAUUUUGGCUCCAUACGCGGCUUCCCUCUUCGUUGCUACUGGAGCAUCAUCAGGCGACAGGUGUGGUUCUGACUAAGGUAUUGAAAAUUUGAAAUGUUUGUUACAUGUGUUUCUUAGUGUGUUAGGUUUUAAUAUGUGUUGAUUGAUGAUGAGGUUUUGAGCUUUAUGUUGAUGGAAUGUUAAAUUUGUAGUUGUAAGUAUGUGAAUUUUAGAGAAUAUAUGGAUAGCCAUACAAACUAGGCAUGGAUUUAAGAUAUGUGGUUCUUAUUCAGUAUAAUCUCAACUAUGGAUGGUGUGGUUAGCAUCAAAGAUGUGACUUUCAAAGGUUACAGUUUCGAGGUUGGUAGUUGGUGGUUGAGAUCAUACUCACAGGAAACGUAGAUCCCCCCUCGAAUCCCGAAUCGGUUCAGUUGUACUAGAAUUGGGUACAGAAUCGAAUCGUUCGGCCUGGGUUCGCCGUAAGUCAACUCAAGACUGCUUGUCGUAUGUCCACGUGUGGUGAAAUACAGUUAGAAGGAUGUUAUGUGAAGUACAAUAAUACAUCAUUUUUUGGGGCCCCGGAUAAGAUGGAGGUGUGCAGGAGAUGUGGUCCUUCAGUUGGCUAUAAUUCGGAUGUUUUGAACCGUAUAGACAGUGCGUUGGCAUUUCUGGUAGGCGGGAAUGGAGAAUACUUUCGCGAGGGUGAUUUUGGUAGCAUACAAGGUGUGGCACAGUGCAUACAAGAUCUGAGUUUAAGUGAUUGUCAAGAUUGCCUUUCAGAGGCAACUAGACGGUUGAGAUCAGUGUGUGAGACAUCAAGCUGGGGUGAUAUGUACCUUGGAAAAUGCUAUAUCCGAUAUGCUGAUCAAGGUACUGUAAAUCUUGCUAAUAUCGGUGACUCUACUUCCAAUGAAAGUAGUGGCGGAGGGAUAAGCGUGUUGGACAUAAUCAACACUAUUUCCAGUUUUAGCUCCAUAUUGGGCACGCUCAGUGUGACUUUUGUUUGCAAUAAAAAAGUUCACAGAAGCAUUUGGAAAGUUCUAUGGUAGCUCGAAACAACGAACUGACAAUGAUAAAGGUCGUCCGGGUGUUCAUGACAACCGAAUGAAGUGCAUAAUUUUUCCAUUGUUACCUUCUUAUUUCAUUUUUUUAAUCUUCAUUUUACCUUAGCUGCGGGUAAGAAUCCGGACUGGUACACAGAGUUUCUACCUAUCUCCGAAAGGUCACAAGAACUUAACUUCCAAACCUGGAAAAAGAUAAAAAAAUGAGAACACAACAUUGACUACCAGAUGUGGUAAUAUGACAAGUUUUUUAUGAAUGGGUCAAUUUGGUUAUGUAGAUUAGAUAUUUAGAUUAUAAGGAAUGUAAUCAGACGAGUCGAGUAACAAUUAAUGUUUGAUUUAACUUUACAACUCA